AUGUCGAUCCCGCUGAGCGCCGAAUGUCAAAGGCGGUUAAUCCCUUCCCCCUCCAGUUCCCACCCAUUUCGGCCAGUGGACCUGAUGCCCAAGGCACCCUGGGAGCUGCCUGCUGGUGUCUUCGAAAUCUCUUCCGAUGGUGCUCAAGUUCGAUGCUUGGUGUGUCGGAAGGAGGGCAAGCGUAACGUGGGUGGUUGGAUCCAGAUGAAGAACGCGCGACGCCACUUGACUGCUCCGUUGCAUGUUCAAGCAAUGGAAAUUUGUCAAUCUCGUGUCAUCGAUUCCCGCACCGAAGUUGCUCACCUGCAUGAGCCUUAUGCCGCUCCCGCCUUUAACAACUACCAGCCCAACGCCACCAUCUCCGCUGUACGCGACGAGCAGCUUGCCAUGUUCUCUCCUUUUGCAAAGGAGGAAGCAAAUGUGAUGCAGCUGAAUGGGGAUCCAGUUGAGCUGCAACGGCUUGUCGAUUUGCGCGCAGAUGAGUUGGCGGGAGAGGAGGCGAUGUUGGAGCAGGAGGUAUUGGGGGUGGAGGAGUGUGUUCGCGAGGCCUAUGUGCGCCUCUUGAUGGAGGCCAUGGAGCAAGGCAGUUGUGACGAUGGAGGAGAUAACGAAGAGGCGAAGACAGGUGACAUUUCGGAUGAUGGAGACUCAGAAGAUGAUCUGAGUCUCGAGAUUCAGCCUGGAAGGUACUUUCCGUACCCAAACAAGCCGAACAUGCUUCUCGAUCUUAUGGACAAUCUUCCCCGAUGCCGGUUCAGCAGCGCGCAAAUGAGCGUCAUCCUUCAGUUUGCUCGUGCCCUUGGCGCCCCGGACAUCCCAACACUGAAGGGACUACGAAAGAUGCAACAGCUCCUCCAAAAGACAGUGUCAUCUGAGCCGCAAAGGGUUCAAUCGUCUAUGGGGAAUGUCUUCUAUAUCAACGAUAUUCGUGCCACAAUCAGCCGCGAUUUCGCAAACCCAGUGGUCGCCCCGCACAUUCAUCUCUUUCCUGAGGACGUUGCUCCAGGUUCUCCAAUUUCCGAAAUCUGGCAAGCAGAACGGUGGAAGGAAUACGAACCCAAGCAGCUUACGCCGAUGUUCUCUCGUGGACAGCGCCGAUUCUGGGUUGAAGAAAUUGCGGAACGGUCCAAUGGGUCAUUUGUGCUGCUUCGCAGCCUUAUCAUCCAUGAUGGUGUGCUUUGCACCGAUGCUCAGGCUGUAACACACGACAAUACGACUGCUCUUUGGCACUACGACGAGAAUACACCCAUCGAGACAUUCCCAGUUGAUGAACUCACUCGCGACUUUACCGAAAUCCUCUUUCUGUGGGGAAACAAGCCUCUGCAGUGGUCACCGACUUCCUCAUCGACUCCAACCAUGCCAAAUCCCCUUCGCGCCAAAGUUGCUGAUGACGAGGAUCUUGUCGUUAUCAUGGUGGACAUUUUCCUCGAUGUUCUUCGGACCGCAGCGCAAACACGCAAUCGCCUUGAAGCCCAACUCACUCUAGCAACUCGCGGCGACGCGAAAUCCAUCAAAGAGCAGCAGACAUUGACCGGCACAAAAGACAAACUCGCGCAACACUGGAUUGAGCGAACUCUUGUGGAGUUUUCACGUCUCAAGGAGGAUAAUCCCCGCCUUGGUAUCGACGCCCUUGCAGGUCUCACUCAACAAUGGCUUGAUGCACAACCUGGCGACAAAAUCAAUCCGCUUCUGGAUAUUGCGGGUCUCGAUCCUUGCCAGGACACGCCUGUCGAACUACUGCAUACCGUCCUGCUUGGGGUCAUGAAAUACAUCUGGCAUUUCAUGAACACCAAGCAGUGGUCGGAUAGCGACCGCUGCCUCCUCGCCAUUCGUCUCCAAUCAACUGACACCUCCAGCCUCACUAUCCCACCCAUUCGCGCGGCAUAUAUCGUACAAUACCGCAACAGCCUCAUCGGAAAGCACUUCAAGACACUCAUGCAGACGCUUGCAUUCUGCUCUCAUGAUAUCUGCACAGCCGAGCAGCGACGCCUCAUCAAAACGGCUGGCGAUCUCGGUGCACGUCUUUGGAUUCCAGAAAUCGAUGACAUGGAUGCAUAUCUUGAAGACCUCCGUACCGCAAUUGCGAAUCUUCUCGACGCAUUUGACGCCGUUGACCCUCUGCGCAUCCUCAUCAAGAUUAAACUCCACCUUCUUGCCCAUAUCCCCGACGACAUUCGCCGCUUUGGUCCUGCAAUUCGGUUUGCGACUGAAGUAUUUGAAUCCUGCAAUGCCAUUUUUAGGGCGUGUUCUGUACGCAGCAACCGCCUCUCACCUAGUCGUGACAUCGCAGCCAAAUUCGCCUCCAUUGAGCGUGUCCGGCAUAUCCUCUGCGGCGGGUAUUGGUUGGACGUGCAACAGGGGGCUUGGGUUCAGGCUGGCGAGGACGUUCUUCGCGUGCUGAGGGACGAUCCAGUCUUCCAAAGGCACCUUGGCUGGACUCCACCCAAACCCAUCGUGGGUGGCCAGACUCGUCUCGCAUCGGAGAAAAAGCAGCCGCCAAUUCGAUGGGCGGAAACCCGUGCCGCCGCACUGUCUGGGACCAACACUAUUGACUGUCAGCCAGACCUAGAGUCCGAAUGGCGGUACGCACGCACAAUAGUCGCCCAGAAUGGCGAUAUCCUCCGACCAGGUAGCUGGGCGUAUGUGCUGGAUGGCGGGAAGUGGUUGCUAGGCCGUGUUGUCGAGAUCCUCGUCAACUCGGACGCGCGGGUGCUCGUGACGCUGGAGCAGUUCAUUUGCACAGAAAAACUACAUGCUGACCUUGGAUGGCCCGUCGUUCGCCGUCCCCGAGGCGAGGAUAUCACGGAGAACAACGUCCGUUCUGUGCUUGUGGUCAGCCCUGGUGUGCUGCGGUUCAUGUGCUCAGUCCAGCAUGACUGCCGUCGAGGUCGUUGUAGCCCUGUCGUGUCCGGGAGGGAACGACAGGAACGUGAGGAGACGACACGCGAGAAGUCCCUCAUCCAGCAUGGGGAUGAUGACUUCUUCGUCCUGAAUCUCUCCAGCCUCCACAACUUUGUGCACUUGCGGCGUAUCCUGCCCCGCUCAUUGACCACCCUCAAGCCCAUCUACCCUGACCGCGAUCUGUUCCACAACGAAAUGGCGGCAAAAGCCCAGCAGCUUCGAUUGACAAAUCGCGAGAAGACUGCCCAACGUCGUCGUGUGAAGGCAGCAGAGAAGAAGCGGAGAGCAGUCGUGGCCGUUACAGAGGCGGAUGAAGAAGUUGUCGCCGCGGAAAUGGGCCAGCCGGUGGAAGGGGAAGAGCUCGAGAGCGAUCUUGUCGAUCCAGACGAGCUGGUGAAUGGUGUGAGGAGUGACGAAGGGGAAGAUGACGAGGACGAUGUGCCUUUCGUGGAUGAUGAGGACGAUGCAGACUACGCGGGGUCGACUGCUGUGGGCGAAUGGAGCGGAAUCAAUGCAUUGCUCUAUUACGGUCCUACCCUCGUGAAGAGCAUCGGUCUCAAAGGCGCAACUACCUCGCUGAUUGUUUCUGGGGGAAUUGGAAUUGUCCAGUUCAUUGCUGUUGGACCCGCUGUCAUCUAUAUCGACCGAGUUGGACGCAAGCCUUUGUUAAGAGCUUGUUUACAUAUGGCGGUGUCUCAUCUCAUCAUUGCCGUCCUCGUAAUGCAAUUCCAAUCGGACUGGAGCUCGCAUGCAAUAGCCGCAUGGGCCGCUGUUGCUGCAAUCUAUACAUUUACGUUUGCAUAUGGCGUCUCGUUUGGACCCAUUGGAUGGGUCCUCCCGAGCGAAGUCUUCCCGCUGUCGAUGCGCGGCCGUGGAGUGGCUCUAUCAACUGCCUCCAACUGGAGCAACAACUUCUUCAUCGGGCUCGUAACACCAAUCAUGAUGGAAUACUCACCUGUCGGGACGUUCCUCACAUUCGCCACAGCGUGCUUUGUGGCCUAUCUGUGGGCCACCUAUACGGUGCCGGAAACAGCGGGUGUGACGCUCGAAGAUAUGGACCGCGUGUUUGGCGGGGACGCAGGAAGAGAGGACCGCGUCAGGCGGAGAGAGCUUGAGGAGGAGAUGGGGCUGCGCGCGAUGGUGAUGCAGCUUGCUAGAAAUAAUGGAUUAUGA